GCGUCUACGUCACAUGUUGUUUUUUGCUUUAGCUCACUCGGUCACUCUGAGCGAGGAGUUGCUUGUGGAGAACUACAGACAUUGCAUGGUGAAAUUACGCUGAAAUCUUCAGUAAUCGGUUAAGUUUUUCUUGUUUUUUUUUUUUUUUUACGAAUGGAUAAGUUUUGGAAACUGAGUAAAUAAACUGUAAACGCAAGUAUGGCAAGUCCGCCUCUUAAAGGGGGACCCUCGUUAUCAAACAGCAACAACAUUCAUUCAAACAACAUACGAAAACAUGGAUAUCUCAAGAAGCAAAAGCACGGACAUCGGCGCUAUUUUGUUUUGAAAGACACGAGCGACGGACUGCCAGCGCGCCUGGAAUACCACGAGAAUGAAAAGAAAUGGAAAAACAAGUCAGCUCCAAAAAGAGUGAUAUUCCUCGACUCUUGUUUGAGCAUAAACAAGCGCGCUGACGCGAAGCACAGAUAUUUGAUAGCCCUCUAUACCAAGGACGAAUAUUUUGCUGUGGCUGCGGAGAAUGAGCAAGAACAGGAGAGCUGGUACGGAGACUUGGCUGAUUUAUUAAGUAAAGGAAAAGUGUGUGACAGCUCCGUUUCUAGUUCGGCAUCCUCUCUGGUGGGCUUUGACGAGGGAAAUUACGGAAUGAUUACACCGGUGAAUGCUGCUUAUAAAGAGGUAUGGCAAGUGAAUCUUAAAGCAAAGGGACUUGGGCAGAGCAGGAAUAUCACUGGAGUUUUUAGGCUGUGUUUAACAAGUCGGACUAUUAGUUUUGUGAAACUUAACUCUGAGGUGGCAUCAGUUACCCUACAGUUGAUGAAUAUUCGUAGGUGUGGACACUCUGAUAGCUUUUUCUUUAUUGAAGUGGGAAGAUCAGCCUCUACUGGACCCGGAGAACUGUGGAUGCAAGCAGACGAUUCUGUGGUGGCGCAAAAUAUACAUGAGACCAUUUUAGAAGCUAUGAAAGCAAUGAAAGAGCUGUCAGAGUUCAGACCCCGCAGCAAAAGCCAGUCGUCAGGAUCAAACCCCAUUUCUGUACCCACUCGUCGGAACCUAAACAAUUUACCCCCAAGUCAAACAGGGCUAGUGAGGAGGUCAAGGACGGACAGUACAGCAGCCACAUCUCCCGUCACCAAAUUUUCUUCUUGUCGAAUACGGACUGCAAGCGAAGGAGAAGGUACCAUGGUCAGGCCAGUCUCUAUAUCAGUAUCUGAGAAUGGAAGCCCAACGACUGUUGGCCGGAACCACAUGAGUAGAUCUAAUACAGUUUCAGUAGGCUGUCGGACAUCAGAACCAUUACUGCUUAAUCACAGCAGGUCCAUGUCUAUGACCAUGUACCACUCUCCCCCAUCUGUUGUAAGUCCACUAAGUUUGUCUUCAAUCAGUAUGAAUGAUUCUAUCUCAAACACAGCACACAGACCUUCCAGCUGUAGUGGUUCUGUUUCUGGGUCACCAAAUGAUAUUGGCUUUUUAUCAUGUGAGGAUUACAGUUCUAGCCCCGGGGAUGUGAGGUACAACCUAUCAAACAGGAGUGACACUCCUUCUUCUCUGUCCAGCACACCACCCUCACGAGAAGCCAGUGAGCUACAUAGUUAUAUGGUGAUGGACAGGCCAUCCAACUUCUCCCAGAACAAGACUGGCAGAGACAUGUUGGAUGUGGAGACAUACAGGAAGAGGACAUAUUCUCUAACAACCCCGCGGCAGCAGAUGGCACACUCCCAGCUAUCUUCAGCAUCACUUGAUGAAUACAUGUUGAUGAGGGCUGCGAACAGCCAUUCUGGACGAAGCACAAACUCUGCCUCUCCUAAGGUCUCAUAUCCAGAAGAUUAUGGGGACAUUGAGAUAGGUUCUAACGGUAAUAUGGGUGAUGAUGGCUACAUGCCAAUGACACCAGGCAUGGCACCUCAGUGUGCAAAAAAUGACCACUACAUGCCAAUGAGUCCCAUGAGUGUUUCAGCACCCAAGCAGAUCAUUAACCCGAGAUCUCAUCCACAGUCUACAGGCAGUGGCUGCACAGCUAACUCACCCAGCAGUGGAUCUCUAGAGGACAGUGGGUACAUGAAAAUGUGGUCCGGAUCCAAGUUUUCACUGGAGAGCUCAGAUGGCAAAGCAGCGAAUGGAGAAUAUAUGAAUAUGUCACCUGUUGACACAUCCAUCUCACCCACACUACCAGAAUAUUUUAUGGGUCAGUGUGAGCCAACACAACGGCCCUCCCCAACUCAAAGUAUUCGCUUCAAUAAGCAACAGGUGCCUAAAAGAGUAGAUGAUAACCAGUAUGUUUUCAUGAGUCCUCAGAACCAAAAUCAAGCAGAAGAGGCCCACAGCAUUUCUUCUCUGCCCCCCCUCCAUCGCGCUGAUGGAAUGGCACAGAGAUCAAAGGUCAACAGGCCCAAUAGGUUAUCUCUGGACACUCUAAGGAUGCUUCCAAGGAUGACUGAACAUCCUCUACCAUGUGAGCCUAAAAGCCCUGGAGAGUACAUAAACAUAGACUUUGCUGCUGCUACACAGUACUCUUCUCAAUCUAUGGUCUCUGGGGAAAGCCAGGCCUCACUGUCCAGCCUCAGACAGGGAUCUCCGCUCUCAGACCACAUGAACCUCAACCAGAGUUCACACUUUCCUAAACUGUGUGAAAUGAGUAGUCCCCUCAUUGGACUGCCAGAGCUGGCCGAAUGCCCAUGCCCACCUGAUGAUGGGACUUGUUUUCUCAAUGAACGGAGAAACUCACCAUGCCCCUCUGUAUCAGAAAAAGGUAAUUACACUGAGAUGAAUUUCAGCAGUGGUUCCCUUGAAAAUCAAAGGCUUAACCUGGGCAACCAGGGGGUUUCAAAAGGAAUUGGCGCUUUCUUGUUAGCUGCCUCCUCUGUAGAUCCAAACGGAGGAGCAAAGGUGAUUCGAGCAGACCCCCAGGGCCGGAGACGGCAUAGCUCUGAGACCUUUUCAUCCACCACCACAGUUGCACCCGUCUUUCCUUCUUUUGCACACAAUGUUAAGCGACACAGCUCGGCCUCAGUAGAGAACAUCUCGGUACGAAGCAGUGAAGGUUCUGAUGAGGAGUACGAGUCUCCUAUGUGCCAAGAAAUGUCAGCUGGUUAUCAGAAUGGGCUUAACUACAUUGCCUUAAAUCUCAUGGAGAAACAAGAGACUGGCAAUUGUGAAAAUCUUGUGGGCUUUAAGACUGGCAGUUGUUGUAAAGCAGGAAUAAAUGGAUUACAAACAACUCCAUAUGUGUGUCUAGGAUUCAAAGAAACUGCAACCACUGUACAAGACUGAGCAAGAAGCAGAGGUUACUCCUAAUGCUGAGGGAAAAUGGAAGCUCAACCAUUAACUGGACUAAACUGGUCUGGCCUGGACUAUGCUGCUGUAAAUGAACCGUGACCUUUGCACCUCAUCUUAAAGCUGAACGUCGGAUGGAUGUGUUGUGAUUACUCCUACAAGGCCAAUGUGUUACUCCUGUUUUUCCAAUCUGCAUCAAUUUUUAAGCUGCUGCUCUUUUGUCAUGAAAUGUCAUGUAAUGAACUUUUAUUGUUGUUGAUGUGAAAACUUUGUUUAAUUCUGAAAACAUAUUACAUUGUUUUAUUUUGCAAUUUGUAAACUUAUUUACCUGACCUAAACAUCCUGACGGUACCAUUUGCCCUGUUGUACGAAUUGCCACGUGUGUCAUUUUAGUUAUUUAAAAAGAUUAGAUUUAAAAGAAAUCUAUAAGUCCUCCCCGAAAAAAUGAUUUGUACUAAUGCACGUGUUUCAGAAGAGAUAAACAAUCAUUUUAAUUUGAAUGUUCUCAUAUGACCAAUGCCUUACUCUCUUUGUUGACAAAUUUAUGACUUCUUAUCUGGACUUAAACAAUGAAAACAUUUAUUAUAUUAACUCUAUUUUUCUAAAUAUUUAGUUUAUUAAAUAAUCACUUAUUAAGUUGCUACGUCAGAGCCCUUUCUUGAUAUGGAGAAUGUCUUGCCACUUUCUUACAGCAGAUGUGGUUACUGCACAAAUUAUUUAAUAUUUACUCAAAUGUUAUAUUUAUGACCAUGGUCAAUCUUUUGCUCCUAUUUUUCCACAGAUUAAUUGUCACCUAAAUCUUGGCUAUUUGUUGUACAUCUGCCUCAUUUCAUAUGAAUAUAUUUGGAAUUGUAAUAUAAUGAAUGCUAACAGUGACUGCUUCCCAUUCCCAUAGCAUGUUGCCAGUUAACUUGCCGAGAUUAAAAACAUAUUCACUCGACUGUACAGAUGCACAGAGCUUUUAACAACAGAAAAUGCUAUAAAAAGCUGUUUUCGACAGAGAAAGACAAUCUUGUUCUGAAAUUUUUAAAUAAAAUAUUGUUCAAAUAACCCAAAUGACAUUGAAUAAUCACUUUAAAAUUAACAAUUUCUUUCUAUAAUUUUUCCGAUAGAAAAUAAACACAUUUAGUAAUCAGACUACUUCAGAAAUGCUGUUAAUUUCCGUACAAUGAUUACAGUUGAAUAGUUGAUGCGGGUCUUAAAUUGCUCACUUUGUCUUUGGCAGUGAUUGUAACAUGACACAUCUGAAUGUAGAGCACACAACCCUCUUAUACAGUGUGAGUGACCCAAAUAGUGGGGCUGAUAAAAAAAUUGAUCACAACAGGAGUGAUUCGUAGAUAUUGUCUGCUUUUCCCUGAAUGUGGUGAACUAAAUACAAAGCUGUGACCUGCUUAACAUGUUUUCUGCAUUCAACGCAAUAGUCUCAUAAAAAUACAAAGCAAACUACAUCUAUAUAUAUAU